AUGGUGACAGAGAUAUUUCUUGCAGGUUUCGGUCAUCUCCAACACAUAAGUAAUGUUAUUUUUGUGUUUCUCCUCUUCGUGUUUAUGGCCACAGUAACAGGGAAUAUGUUAAUUAUAACCUUGAUAUCUACCAGUCCAAGACUCCAUUCUCCAAUGUAUUUCUUUCUUAGCAACCUUUCUGCCUGUGAAGUAUUUAUUACCACCACAAUCUUACCUAACAUGCUGUACAUUGUAUGGCUGAAUGGAGGUUUCAUGUCAUUCUAUGGCUGUAUCAUCCAAUACUACCUGGCAUCCUCAACCGGUAGUAUAGAAUUUCUUCUCUUAACCGUUAUGGCAUACGACAGGAAUUUGGCCAUUUGCAACCCUCUGAGAUACUCUUCCCUUAUGAACAACAACACUCGCAACCAUCUGGUAGCUUGGGCUUGGGUGGUUGGAUUUACAGUGAUGGUGACGUUGGUAAUUACGAUCUGCCACCUACAGUUCUGUGGUUCAAAUACUAUUGAUCAUUAUUUUUGUGAUCUAGAUCCACUUCGGCAGCUCUCUACUUCAGACACAUCUCUGAUGGAUAUAGAAGUCAUCUUCGUAACCCUCUUUCUUUGUGUCAUCCCUUUUGUCUUGAUUAUAGUCAGCUAUAUCUCCAUAUUUUCCACCAUCCUGAGAAUCUCCUCAUGGGCUGGAAGACGAAAAACCUUCUCAACAUGCAGCUCCCAUCUAGCUUCUGUUUGUUUGUACGGUGUUUCAAUAUGUGUUACUUAUUUGGUUCCGUCUCAACAAAUGAAGAAGAUAAACAAGUUGUCCUCUUUGUUAUACACUGUUGCGACUCCUUUUUUUAAUCCAAUUAUUUAUAGUUUAAGAAAUCAGGAAAUGAUGGAUUGUUUUAGAUAUUACUUUAAACGUAUUACUAAAAAGUAA